GCCGGGCGCGGCAGGUGGGGCGCGAUGGCGCUGCGCGACUGGCUUCUCGGGGCGCUGCCUUCCGCGGAUCCCGGGGCUUGGAUCGUGCUGCUUGGGGUGCUGCUGCUCUCGUGGCUGGCGCUGCGCCCCCUGCGGCUUUUGCGCGCUCCGGACGAGGUGGGAUACGCGGGCGAAGCCGGGUGCAGCCGCGCAGAGGCGGCCCGGCGAGCGCGCAGGAGCCGGCGGCUCGGGCAGCUGCCGCCCGUCUACCCCAACGGCUGGUUCCGCCUGCUGGAUUCGGCGCAGCUGGCCCGCGGAGAGGUGCGCAACGUGGCUGCUCUGGGGGAGCAGUUUGCCGUCUUCCGGAACUCGGAUGGGAAAGCUUGUGUGGUGGACGCCUAUUGCCCUCACCUGGGUGCCAACCUCGGUGUCGGAGGCCAGGUGGUGGGCAGCUGCAUUGAGUGCCCGUUCAACGGCUGGCAGUUCGAUGGAGAGAGCGGCAAGGUGGUCAGUAUCCCGUACACCGAGAAAGUGCCCGAAUUCGCCAAGAUCAAGGUGUGGCCAUCGUGCGAGGUCAGCGACAUGAUCCUGGUCUGGUACCACUGCGACGGCAUCGACCCGACGUGGCAAGUCCCGGACCGCGAAGAGUUCCUGCCGCGCCCGUGCCCCUUCCGCGGCAUCACUGAGCACUUUGUCAACGUGCACAUUGAGGAGAUCCCAGAGAACGGAGCGGAUACGGCCCACCUCUCCUUCCUCCACCGCCACGCUUUCCUGAGCGGUGCCGACCUGCGCUACAUGGACUCCCCUUUCUGGACGUUCUUCCGGCACCACUGGCAGGCAGAUUGGCACCCGGAUCCGGAGCCCAAUGCGCAUUGUUCCCGUUUGCAGCUGAAGCACUACAUCACUCUCUUCGGAAAGCACUUCGGCUUCAUGGAUCUCAGCGCUUCAGCCUGGCAGGUGGGGCCCGGUUUGGUCUUCCUCGUCCUUCGCUUUCCCCUCCUGGGCCAAGGAGUCAUCAUCCAAAGCGUCACCCCCGUGGAGCCUCUCAUGCAGCAGGUGAUCCACCGAAUAUACUUCCAGAAGAACGUUCCUGCCUUCAUCCCCAAGAUGCUCCUCCGGGCAGAGUGCAGCCAGUUUGAGCGGGACGUCAUGAUAUGGAACCACAAGCAAUACCUCUCCAAACCGCUUCUGGUGAAGGAAGAUGGGGCGAUCCAGAGGCACCGCCGUUGGUUCUCCCAAUUCUACGGCGAGAAGAGCCCGAAGAUUACCAGCCAAAAGGAGACCCUGGACUGGUGACCAACAGAAGCCCCCUUUCCCCUCUGGGUCUUUUUUCCUCCUGCCAAGGGGAUCCAGGAAGUCACCAUCCGCGAAUCGCACUUAGGUGAACCCUGUUCAGGGAAAUCUUUAGUGUGUGAUGUUGU